AUGGCAGCAACAAGAGCAGCUGAAUCUUUAGAAGGGGGACAAGAUCGACGAGAGGAGGAUCGAGCCAGACAUGCAGCUUCAAGAGCAGCUGAGGAUUCCAUACAGAGACGGACUCGAAGUGAAGAUCAGCGUAGACGACAAGCAGCCUCAAGGGCAGCGCAACGGACAUUUAUGGAAGGGGAAGCGUUUCGGUAUGAUCCAGCCAACAACUAUGACAGCCAUCCUCAACUUUAUAUUGGACAAAUAAGCGAUGUUUGUCCAUACUGUAAUGCCCUCAAGUGGCAUGCAGAAACACGAGGUAUGUGCUGUUCUGGUGGUAAAGUAAAGUUACCUGAACUUCAGCCUCCUCCUGAACCACUGAAAUAA